AUCAUCACGUGAUCCAUGUUUAUAAAAAUAUUCACAGUCAGUCACACCACACAGGUCUAUACACUCAUUGCAAUCAUGAAGAAAUUUGUUGUAUUAGGUGCAACGGGAGGCUCGGGGUUGUCCUUGAUAAGGCAAGCAUUAGAUGGGGGACAUGAAGUAACAGCUAUUGUCAGAAAUACAUCGAAACUCGAAGAUAUUCAGCACGAAAACUUCAAGGCUGUUAAAGGGGAUGUCUUCUCUGCAGAGAGCCUUCAACCCAACUUUGAGGGAUGCGAUGCGGUGUUCUCCUGCUUGGGAUCACCAUCUCUCAUCUACAGUACUACCGUCUACUCUGCUCCUAUGAGGGCCAUCAUCACGGCAAUGAGAGGCGCACAGGUCAAACGACUCCUUUUGAUGUCAUCUUGGUAUGUCAAAAUUGAUCCCAAUGAUGACCCAGGUUUUGUGGCUCGUUGGGUCGUCCGACCACUUCUGAGUAGACCGCUAGCUGAUGUAGUCAUCAUGGAAAAGUUUCUGGACGAUGAGUGUCAGGACAUCGACUACACAAUAGUCAGACCACCACAACUCAUCGAUGGGCCUAGUUCGGGGAAGGGGAUUAAAGUUGAGAUAGGUCGCCAGUUCUGUGACGCUCCGAUGAAGAUGCCCAGACCAGAUGUAGCAAAGUUCAUGCUAGAGAACGUAAAUACCGAAGAUCACUUCAAGAAAGGUGUCGCUAUCGGACUCCAGAGUUAACUUUUUCAUUGUGAAAUACAGUGGCCAGUAUGUUCAAUGCCGAGUUGCUUUUUUUUAAGUACAGCUUAACAGGGGGCUGUAUCACAAAGCUCUUCAUAUGUUAUGCACGACUUUAUCCCCCUUCUUGUGCUAAAUGAUAUAUCCCUAUGUAGCUGAUUUAACAGAACAUGAGAACAUGUUCCAGUUGUGCUUGUAUAGUCGUGCAUAACUUUACAAGCUGGUUGGUGAAGCAUCACCCUGGUCGUCGGGUGUUCUUUAAAGUGGUGACAGGGGCCCAUUUCAUAAAACUUGUUAUUAUAACAAAUUUGCAAUAACAGCUGAAAUCCUUCAAUCUGAUUGGCUGAUAGUGCAUUUGUAAUAGUAAGUGCACAUUUGUUUUUUUAAAGUCUUUGUGAUACGAGACCUAGGGCCCUGUUGCAUAAAACUAUUGGCCUGGUUCCUAACUUUUAGAAUCAGGCUGAUAAUACAUUGUCUUCAAUGGGCUUAUUAUGUAUUCAUAAGGUCAUAUCUCAGGCCCCCAUGGACCAAUUCGCACCAAAUUUUGGUAGUGGAGGUAUUUCAUCAUGCUCUACCAAAAUAUGGUAUCAAAAAUGCUGAAAUGCAAAAAAAGUUUUCUGUGACAUCACUUCUGUACUCUAUUGUGCUCCGUGAGUAUUACUGUAGCUAUGUGUGCUAGAUCAUCAGAUUUCCAGGUAGUGUUUUGCCAUAUCUCCAGGGUCCAUUGAAAAGAGUUGUGAUCAAAGUCAAACAUAAGUGCAAAAAUCAAAUGCAACUUCAUUUUCAACAAAUGAAACAUGCUGAUAUUUUUUAUUUGUGGUAAAGCAUUACUGUCUCCUCAAGGGGCCCUGGAAAAAAUGAAAUGGACCUGCUUAAAACUAACUCUCUUUUUUCAUUGUACAUUAAUGCUAGUGGUCAAGCUAAAAGCAAGUGGAAUAUAUAUUUUUUAUUGAAUGGUGAUUUGGAUCCUAAUCAACUGAUAGGAUGAGAUCGAUCAAGUGACCAGUCAUUAUUUUUAACUAACAGCUAAUGUUUUGAAUGACUCGUUCUAUUGAUACAAUUUUUUGAAAUUUCUUAAUAACUAAGAUAUGCAUUCCCAUCAGAAAUGUUAUCUUCUCCAACUUUUGAGCACAAUAUUCCCCUUCUUGUUAGCACUGAGUUUAUGGAUAGAUUUAUCAAUCUAUUUUUUUUGAAAAACUUCAGUUUUUUUUUUUGUCAUUACAAAUAAUAUACCCAUAAAAUAUGAUUCAUUUAGUUUAUGUCAGUCAUUACUCUGUCAAUUGGUUGUUCUGCUCUCCCCCUUUAAAUGCAAUGAAUAUUUUUUUACAACUUGUGUACAUGUGAAAUAGCUGAUAUGAAACAUUAGUAUGCAUGAUUAUUUUGUGAAAUAUAUUUUAAAAUAGUUUUAAAUAGAUGUCAAAAAGAUGUUUAAUGGUCCAAAACUGUGUUUCCUACCUCACAUGUCAUUGUUACAGUGAAAGACUGAAUAAUUUUGUCAAGAAUUUGUUUCAUGUAUAUGCAGGUCUAUAAGAUGUGAAAUAUUGUGCAUUGUAGUUUUUGUAAAAAUAUAUGUUUUUAAAUUGUUUAUAUGUUACUUUCCUAACUACGUCAAUUGGUUGGACUUUAUCAUGUUUAUGUUUCCUACCCCAUUUGAGUUUUAGCCUGAAACACUUAAAGUGUUUUUUAAAGAGUUUUAUAGUACUGUUAAGAAAUAUAUUCAUAUUCAUUUGAUUAUUUUCUAGAAUUUGUUUAAAUUUAAGUCAGCUUUAAGUACAUGUAGGUUAGGAGUUGUUGCUUUAAGUCCAUUUGGGCAUUUUCACGGUAACUGACAUUACACGGCACAAUGUUUUCACACCUUUCAUUGUGUGUAUCUCUAAAACAACAAAUGAUGGGAGUUUGCUUUUGAUAGAGUUAAAGGAGAAUGAAACUCUUGGAGCAAGUUAGCUUUUGUGAAAGCAGAAAAAUCAAAGAAUAAGAUCAACAAAACUUUGAGAAAAAUAGGACUAGCAAUAAAAGAGUUAUGAGCAUUUGAAUGUCGAGAUCACUAAUGCUAUGGAGAUCCUCACAUUGGCAAUGCGACCAAGAUCUGUGAUGUCACACACGUACAACUCUCCCAUUUGGACACUGAAAAUAUACCCCAAAACAUCUCUUUUUGCUCAUUCUAAUCAUAUGACAAACGAUUCAUCAAUGAUAUAAUGUUGUGAAACCUCUGUACUUGUCAUCUCAUAAAGAGAACACCUCACCUUGUGAUAGACUCUAUAAAAGUGAGAAUAUAAGUGAAAUAAGUACUAAAGUAAUGAGGGAGUUGUACGUGUGUGAUAUCACAGAUCUUGGUCGCAUUGCCGUUGGGAGGAUCUACAUGGCACUAGUGAUCUCAAUAUUCGAAUGCUCAUAACUUUCUUAUUAUUCAUUCAAUCUUCCUCAAACUUUCAACAAUAUGUUUCUUUGAUUUUUCUCUUUGAUAUGGAUUCAGCUGGUUUCAAGGGUUUCAUUCUCCUUUAAUAAAGUGAACCUUGCUGUAUCACCUGAUACUAAGUUUUCCUAUGUAACCACAUUUUUUUACGCAUCAGCAAGCAAAAAUGUGUCGGUAACUGACAUUACGCAAAAGGACAUGCAAUUUCAGGGUGUUCAUUAAAAUUGAAAUAUCUCAUGUCCCUGAGUAGAUAGAGUAAUAAUUUGAAUAUGUAAAUAAACCUCUGUUACUAGGUUAAGAUGUGUCAAAAUAUGAAACAAUUCGUUUUUGUCUUUUGGGGGCUAUGAUAAUUUUUCCACAAUCAUGCUGGUAACUGACAUUACGGUAACUGACAUUACACUUAAUUUGCCAUAGAGAUAACACAUGGAAGUCAAAUGUGUGGAAUCAUUGCAUUGUAUCUUCUGUGCAGAGCUUCACAUGAAAGUGAGCUUGAUGUGGAAGUAUACCCGAGUUUCUAGGAACAUUUCAAUGAAAAAACAUUUUCUUUUUCUUAAUUCCUUUCUUUGAUUUGAACAUUUUUAUCAUUACUUGUCGGUAACUGACAAUACACAUUAACAUUUACCAGUGCUAUAUGAUUUUCAAAGGCAUAAUUUUCUUGGUACUUAUAUGUAAGGCUUUUUAAAAUCAUAAAAGUUUCAUAAUACUUCACAUUUUUAAUUAUCAAAAGAUAAGAAAUGUAUGUUUUACUUACUCGGGGGGGGGGGGUCAUAGCAGCUACAUGUUUUCCUAUAGUAAUUUAAUAUUGCAUUGACUGUACACAUGGAUUUUUCUGACUAUACACCCAUAAUAUAUUCAUCAGUUUUAUAUUGACUUUUUAAACCUUUUCCUUCUCCAACCUCCCCCUCCCCCCAAAAAAGGCAAAAUGAAUAAGGGUCUCCUCCCCUAGGCUACAUGUACCCCUCCCCUGAAUCUCAUGCAGCCAUGUAGUUUUAUUGAUUUCUAUUCUGGUCAGUGCAAGCGAUGCUUGUUCAUAUCUGUCGGAUUUCAAUUCUCUUCAUAAUUUGUUUAAUCAUUUUCUUUGCUAAUUUAUUUUUUAAGCUGUCAACAAAAAACAAACUCCAGCUUCUAAACUGAAACUGAACUAUUUGUAAAUUAGAAAAAAAAAACAGUUUUUGUAGAUCCAUGCAACAUUGAUCAGAACUGUCAAAUUUCACUUUUCAUAUAUACUUGUAAACCAAAAACAAAAUUGUAUCACACAUCCACACUACUAACAGGUAUAAAAAACCAGGAAUUUACUUUUAGCGAGGCAAUGCUCAAAAGAAUCCUACUAAAAAAGGGACCCUGGAAAUCCCCUUCAUCACAAUGUUAAGCUUAAAAAAUGUUGCAGAUUUAGGCAAUAGGUUGGGAAAAGUACCCCCUACCCCCCCCCCCCCGAAAACCAAACAAAAAAUUGUCUGAUAUAAUUAGGUACUUGGUAAGUGCAUGUACAAAACAAUUUCAUAGUAAUUUUUUUUUGCCUGAUGGGAAUGCAACUUCCUUCAUAAUUUCAUAUAGUAUUCCUUGUGAACUAUACCUUUUAAAAGUCAAUAGCAAGCUCCUUCUGGUGUGACUUUUAAAGUGAAAGACUUAAAUAACAAGUAUACAAUAUUUCUUCACCAUAAAAUUGACCACAUAUUUGCAUUUCAAUAUUGGUAACCAACGUUUUAUCAUGGUAACUGACAUUACAUCUCGGUAACUGACAUUACAUUUUCCACUUGGUAACUGACAUUACAUAUAUUUAAUGGUACCCUAUGGCUUCAUUGUUAAUUGGUAAUCUUUAAUUUUGGUGUAGAAGGGAGGGGUGUUACCUAGAGAGGAAAUCUACCAAGUUUCAUUUAAUAUAUCCUCUUUUCCAGGAAAUUAGAAAAAAAAGUUAAUGUUUUCGGUAACUGACAUUACAUACCAUAUCACAUACUUCAUCAAUGUUUUUUUAUCAGAUGAAUGAAUUACUGGUGUUCGUUUCUGUGGGAUUUUAAAAAGUGUUAUAAUAGCAAGCUAAAUCACAGGCGAAAACAUCAUGAUCAAACCUGUUCUUUAAAAAUCUGUCAAAACAAAAUAUGUAUCAAUAUACUAUUUUCAACACUAAUUUGUAUCCAUACUUUGGCAGCCAUUUUGAAAUAAAAAAUGGCUGCCAGAGUCGGAAAUUUUUUUGUCUCGGAAACUUCAGGUCUUGUUUUAUUAAAAAACAUAAAGCAUUUGA